AUGAAUUCAAUAAAAUCGAAACUGAAUAUUUUGUAUUGUCAUGGAUUAGGAUCAUCGAUCAAUAAUCGACACGGAACACAAUUGAAAGCGUUUUUCGAGAAGAAUUAUAAGGAUAGUGUGUAUUUUGAGAGAUUUUUAUAUAAAAAUCCUGGAUCAGUUGAUCAUGUUUGGAAUAUAAAUGAAUGGAGAAAAGAUAUUGAAGAGAGAAUUGGUCAGUUUUUUUGUUCUUGAAAAAACACGUUUUUUUAAUUUUCAGAGAAUCAAAAAUGGAUUAUAAUUUCAACAAGUGCUGCGGGACAUUGCGCAUUAAAUAUUGCAAAAUCAAAGCCUCAUAACAUACUAGGAUUAUUCAUGUUUUGCCCUGGAACUCAUUUGGAUCUCAAUUUUGUGAAUACAAUAGCUCCUGGAGCUUUGGAACUUUUGAAAAAGAAAGGUUCUCUGGUUUAUCCACCAUCAAGAAAUGGACACGCAGCUCUUGUAACAGUUGAAGCUUUUCAAGAAUAUUCGGAUGUGGGUUUCUGAUAAUGUUUUGUAAAUUAUAAUGAACAAAAUAAUUUUAGACAUGCGUAACAAAAACACCAGGAGAUAUUGCUAUCAAAUGCCCAAUUACAGUAGUACAGGGGACCGCAGAUGACGUAAGUACAAACUAUUCUCUUGAAAUUUCUAAAACAAUUAUUUUUUAGUUAGUUCCUCAUCAAAACACCGUUAAACUGGUGAAGAGAUUAACUUCGAAAAAUGUUGAGUUGGUUACACUUGAAGGAGCAACACAUUAUUUUGAUAUUGACGAAAGGAUUCAAGGAAAAAUUGAUGAAUUUAUCAGUAAAGUUCGGACGCCUACUAAUUCCAAAAUUUGAUUUUAAAAGUAUAUUAUUAUUAUUUAUUUAUGAAGAUUCAAAUCAUUCCACAACAAUAAAUGGAUCUAAUGAUGAUGUAUUAAUAAAAGGAGCUGAACAAUAACUUAUAUCAAGAUCCAAAAAUGGUAGAAUAUAUAUGAUAGCCAAGUGUGUGAUGUAAAUUCUAAUUUUUAAAAACUUCUUUUCAUCUUUAAAAUUAACCUUAACGUAUAAUGUUUGGAGAAUUUUUUCAUGUAAAUUAUUAGUCGUCUAUGAUAUUGAAUAAUACUACAAACAAUUUGAAUAAAAAUACGGAAUAGGGAAGAUAAUACGGAAGAUCAUAUUCUUUUAUCUGAAACUACAUCUGCGAAAACAAUCAAAAGAAUAUUAGGACAAAGAUUUCAAUGUAAAAACAAUAUUUUCUCGGAAUAUCAACAAGGCGGAAAUCUCUUCAUACGUUUUCAUUUUCGAUAUAUUAAGAUUUCAAAAAUGUGUUCCAACAGUAUAUAUUUACCAAUAAUUAUUAUAAUUUUUGUUCUAACUAUCUAUAUUUUCAACCAAAAAAAGGAUUUCUUUCAACUCACUGACAAAGUUGUUUAUGUUGAUGAUGUGUUUAUUCAAGAGAAAAAAGAUUUUCCAAAAUGCAAAAUUAAAUCUUGGAAUAAUAAAACAACUUGGGAAAUUCCACGUAUCGAAAAGCUCAAAUUACUAACAAAAUACGGUGUAACAUCGAGUGUAAGUACGAUAUUUCGAAAGUCGUUAAACCAACGACAAAAAAUCACACUCUAUUUUCAGGAGGGCUUGGAUGAUGGCGAACUUCGACUAAUAUCCGCAUUUCUAUAUGAAGAUGAAAUUGUUGUGACAACUUCCAGACAAAGGACAACUCAACUUGGGUAUGUUUCAGCUGAAUUCUAUAUUUUAUCAAAAUUUUCCAAUCAAUACUUAGAAUUCCUGUGUACUGUCGAUAUUUCGAUUGCAAUCGUGUUGAGAUUCCGGACUCAAUUUACAAAGCCUUCUUUUUCCCAUUGACAUCAGUUCAUUGUUUACGAAAAGUUGGAGCAAGUUACAUUUCUUUGAGUUUAGCAGAAGAUGAGAAGCCUCAAUUGCCAAUUCCGUUUGUUCAUAGGCUUUUCAAAGAACCUCAACAUGAAUUGGGAGUUUGUAGUGGACAAUUAUAUGGGAUGGAUGCGAAGUGGAUGCAAAUCGCUGAAUUUGUUGAGCAUCACAAAUUGAUUGGAGCAACUAUGUUCUAUUUUUCGGUUUUUGAAAUUGAUGGAAUGACUCGAAUGAUAUUAGAUGAAUAUGAGAGAAGUGGAUUUGCUGAAGUAUCAAUGAUAAAUACUGAAUAUACAAAUGCAGCAAUGAUGAGACAUAUGGUUCAGAUUCAUGAGUGUUUUUAUCGAGCAAGAAAACAUUCAAAAUGGCUGUUGAAUAUUGAUCAUGAUGAAUUUCUGAUACCUAGAGCAAAACCUAUUUUGUCCUAUAUCAGAAGUUUAGGAGAGAAUGUUGCUGAAUCAGUAUUUUCAAUGAGGAGAAUAGCGAAAUUUGAGGAAUCUAUCGAAAAAUACAAUAAUAUUGAAGAAGUUUCAAAUGAUAUUCAAGCUUCAAAUUAUAACUUGACACAUGAUCCAACUUAUACAUCAGUUAAAGUAAUGAUUCGACCAGACAAAGUAAAUGCAAUACUUCUACAUUGGGCCUAUGGAAUGGAACCCGAUUAUAAAGUUAAUGUAGUCCCAAAAAAUAUUGCGUUUUUGAAUCAUUAUCGAACGAUUUCUCCCAAUUAUUUAUGGUCCGAUUUUAUGGCAAAACUUAUGAGGCAAAACGUGAAGUUUCUGCAUGUAACUAUGCAAAAAGAAUAUGUGGAAAGGUUGCGUGAAAAUGUAGUGCAAGUUGUUGGUUAUGUUUUCAAGAAACACGAUUUGACUUGUGAGAAUAUUCCAUCAUCUCUUCAACGUGCCACUAAACCGUAUUUAAAAAAAAUGAAAAUUUGUGAAUAA